AUGGAGAUAUUCCUCUUCGACAAAGAAAAAUACGAGCGGUUAUACAACUGCACGUUGUAUGAAGAGGGAUAUUUUAACCAUCUGAAAAAGCCAAAUCGUUACGUUGGAGCGAUUUACAUUUCGGCUGGACUUGUGUAUGAGUGCCUCUACAUCCCGUGCCUUAUAGCGAUGGCGGGCAAGCGAUUCAGGAAGCUCUCUUGUUACAAAUUAAUGCUGUUUUUGGGUAAGAGUUUGUGAUGUGUUUAGUUAUCAGUGCUGCGAACGGUCUCAACCGUUUCGUUUAUACAGUCAGCAUCACUGUAAAUUCAGGUAUUAUUGACACGUUGACCAUACCUUUAAACGCCAUUCUGUACGGAUGGUUCGCUUUGCAUGGGAAUGUGUUCUGUGAUUAUCCGAAUUUGGAGUAUAUCAGUGGAGGAUUGACAACGGGUAUGCUGAGAUUUAAAAUUUCUAUAAAAAAGCUUUGAAACUGCUAGGGCAACUCGUUUUCCCUCAAAAUGGCGUAGAACUUGGUGUAAAAACACCUCUAAGUACCUGCUUGCUUUACAGGGUGGGCCAAAAAAAAUGGACAUUAAUUUUUCUUCGAUUUUUCAUGCCAUGAAACAGUUCGUGAAAAAAGGUAUAUGUGGCAUGAAAGUACUGUGUUAAGGUAACAUAUUAACUGUAGAAUUUUUGUCCUAUCUGCAGAAGUUUCUAACAUACGGUUGCAGGAAGGUCACCGGGUCAGCGCGCCAAUUCCCGCGGCAAAAAUUUCAAAAGUUCUUACCCCAAAAUUUUUUAGUGUCGCUGUAAAGACAUACCAAGCAGUCUACGCAAAUCUAGGAGACAUGCCCCCUUAUGCUUUGAAAGGAUUUAACCCAAGCUUUUCGGAAAAUGAAGAACCAGUGACCAGAAGUUAGACACUCGGCCAGGAAAAAUCGAGCUUUAUUUGCGCGCUUUCGGAAAAUCGAUGCUCUACCAAACAUAGUAAACAUUUUGAAACUACUUACCCCCAUACGGUGUUUACUACUCUACGAUGAAUAUACUAAGCGCAUUUUUGACAAUAGUACCCCUCAAUCAGCAAGAUGGCAAGCAAAAAAUCGAUUUUUUGACUUUUUGAUGGGUCAUCUCAAUAAUACAUGGAUUCUGAAGGCUAGCUGCAUCCUCAUUUUAUGAAACUGACUUAAAAUGGAAGAAAGGAGUCGUAUCACCUUGAUAUAAAAGUAUCCCGUCAUAGUUAUCCGGCAUGUUGAAGAACGCCAACAAAAAAGAAAAAAUUUUCUGAUCAAAAAAUAUCAGCGUCUCUGGGUAUAGCCGGCUGAAAUUUUUUAAGGUCUGCGCACGGCUGAUGCAAGCUAUUAUCAAAUCAACAGCUGGCCCAUGUAAAGCAAUGUUAGAUGUCUUACAGUGACCACUUUUUGCUAUCAAUAGCAUGAGCCGAGCUCCCCUGCGACUCUUGAAUGUCAAUUAUCUCAAAAAUCUAGAAUUAUCUAGAUGGACCUCUUGUGGAUCACGUUGAGAACUGCUGGAGCGAAAUUAAUAGAAUACUAUCAGCUUUUUUGCUUCUGUGGGCUCCCCUUAGUAUCAUGAUAAACAGUCAACCACCAGUUUUGGGCUGGUCGUAGACGUUCAGGUCAUUGAAGAUUUUUCGACCCAUAAAAUUUUCGGAAAACGAAGUCAGAAUAUGGACUGGUCUAGCAUUUUGGCUUGUAUCAUCGGUACAACAAAAGUAUAUAAAAAAUUUAAACAGUUGUGAUAAAGUAGGAUAGUUGACAAUUAUAAAACUAUUUUCCUUUCCGUUGAUUACGGUAUUCGUGCCGGGAUACACCGACUUUUAAUUUUGUCCAUUUUUUUUGGCCCACCCUGUACAUCCCAAAACGUUUGUUCAUUUCCGACUUUGUGAUGCCUGCGGUAGAUGCAGAUCGCGUGCGGGAAAUCACGGAAAUGUGACACAAGAUACAUACGUAUAUACUCGGAUUUGCACUACAAGAGAAGGGUACCAACCGUGAAGUUCCGAUUUACGCGAAUCCGAGAUAUCAAACGAUCUUUGGCACAUAGAGUGCACGGGGAGCAGUGAAAGAGGAGUAUUUUUUUGGCCAUAACAUUGCCAGUUUUGCACUGAAAAAUUUUUAUUUUUUCUCGAAACCUUCAACGGCAGGAAUACACAUGAAACUUUUCACACCAAAAUUCGCAAAAAGGUGCCACAUUUUUAGCGACCUUCCACCUAAAUUUCUGGUCGUUUGCGAACAGCGAGGACUGAAGAUCUCUUUUUACAAAGCCCGGCCUAGAAAUACUUAUUUUUCUACGGGGUUGAAAAAUAAGGCUAGAUUUUUUUUUGGAAAGUUUCGCCCAAGUCGGGCGUUGCACACACAAUCGAUACCACUCUAACUACAAUUUUUCAGCUUUGUGGACAGCAGCCAGUAUGACAUGCCUGAUCCUGGCGUUCAAUCGGCUUUGCGAUUUGAUCAAUCCUCGCCUUAUGAUCCUAUUAUUUCAUGGCAACCGCACUUAUUACUGGUUCAUCGGCCCAAUCUUGUAUUUUUUCUACUUUUUCUUUUUCACAUAUCCUUUCGUGUACACGUCAGCCAAUUACGCCGGCUUUAGCAAUCCCUACGUCGGGACGGUAUUUGAGGCUCAAACAAAUUUGCAAGUAUGUCAUACUAUUAGCCAAUUACUCUCAAGAUUCUCCCAAAGUAAAUUCAGUUUUCAGUACUUCAAUUUGUCCUUGAUACUUCACAAUAUUAUGGUUCCUGUUUUGAUGGUGCUUAUGUACACGAUUAUAAGUGCUGUUGUGGUGGUAAAGAGCUACAGAGCGAAGAGCGCGACGGCCCGGCUGAAUUCUCCGGCGCUGACUAAGUACCAGAAAAGUGUAAGUGAAUGGGGGAGCGGCCUGGUUGCGGUAGGCUAAUCUCUGUUGUGUGUAAUAACGUAAUUUGCUUUUAGACAAUAAUGCAGGCGUUUUUGAUCUGCUCCGUAUUCAUUAUCGCCCCAAUCAUCUACGAUUGGAUGAACUAUUACGGUGCGCCGUGGCUUAUGGUGGUCAUUGGACAGGUCUGCUGGCAGUCGUGCCACGGAAUCGCGGUUUUUAUUUACAUUUCCUUCAAUAGGGCGCUGCGGGAAAAAAUGAUGACAUUUAUUCAAAAACCGAAAGUUCACACGACGUCCUCCGGACAACACGACGACGUUUUUAAUAGAGUGUAA